AUAACCACGAAGUGGACAGGGAUCGAAUGUGGUUGUUGCUACUUUCAAUAAUGCAACCCAUGUGUUGCUGUCCUGGUACUAACAGCAGGAGGAAGUUCACGAGUUGUUUCUAUGACCACCCUCCCUGCCAUCUAGUCAAUCUCUCAACACAUCCUACUGACUACUCCACAUCACUCAUCUGACGUCCCAUUCGAAUAAUCCUCUGUUCUACAGAAUGCCUUUGGAUCAGAAAGAGUUCACCGAUGCGGUUCCCCACCCGAAAAUUGGCACCCCGAUCGAUUCGCCCGAUGUCAAACCCUGGUAUUCAAUCGGUCCAGGCAUUUGGGAGCUGCUAUUGAAUGGCGAUCCAAAGUCGGAGAAUAAGUCUGUUCUGCAAUGGUACGAUCCGGGCACGAAAUCCGUGCAGAACGAACCCAUUGUGCACACCUAUUACGAAGAAGUCUGCUUUAUCCGGGGAGGGUUGAGGGACAUCACCCUUGGACAGGAAUGGGGAAUGGGAGCCUACGCCUACCGAAGACCCGGCAUGAAGCAUGGUCCAUAUGUGGCUUCAGCCGAAGGUUGUCUACAGUUUGUGAAACUCAUGGCGGCGGUUGAAGGUUAGGGCGAAACGCGACGUGGCAGUACGAAUGGAGGGACUAUCUUAGCACACCAUGAAGGAAUCGAGUCGAAAUAUACU